ACAAUUUUGAGAUUUGACAAGCAUAACCUGCAUUAUGUCGUGGACGAUACGUUUGUGCGCUCUUUUGCUUCUUGCAAGCAAUUCUUUUGCUUUUUUCAAAAUUCAUAAUAAAUCAUGGUGGAAUAACACCAUUUUUUAUCAAGUUUAUCCAAGGAGUUUGUAUGACUCGGAUGCCGAUGGUAUAGGUGACUUAAAAGGAAUAACUUCAAAGUUGGGGUAUAUCGCGGAAACUGGCAUCAAUGCGAUCUGGUUAUCACCCAUAUAUCCAAGUCCUAUGGUCGAUUUUGGAUAUGAUAUAUCUAAUUUCGUUGACGUCGACCCAACUUUUGGCACACUGCAAAACUUCAAAGUUCUUCUGGCUCGCGCUAAAGAACUUGGUUUAAAAGUGGUUCUCGAUCUUGUGCCAAAUCAUACUUCUGACAAACAUGUUUGGUUCAAAAAAGCUCUUCAAAAUCACCUAAUAUAUAAGAACUAUUAUGUGUGGGCAAAAGGUAAAGAUAACGACGGUAAAAUACCGCCCAACAAUUGGAUCAGCAUAUUCGGUAAUUCCGCGUGGACUUAUGUUCAAUCAUUGGAUCAAUGGUAUCUUCAUCAAUUCGAAUAUAGACAGCCCGAUUUAAAUUUCCGUAAUCCUCUUGUAAGAGCAGAGAUGAUUAACGUAUUGAAAUUUUGGCUGGAUUUGGGCGUAGACGGAUUUCGCAUUGAUUCCGCUCCAUAUAUGUUUGAAGACUAUUAUUUACGAGACGAACCCAGAAGUUUCGUGGAAGGUACCACGCCGCAAGAUUAUAAAUAUUUGAACCAUAUUUAUACUGCGGAUUUAAUCGAGACUUAUAAGUUGUUUGGAGAGUGGCGAAGAUUUGUAGAUUGGUAUGCUUAUUUUAAUAGUCAAGAUCAAAAGCUGAUGGUGAUGGAGGCGUACGCCAAUUUGGACAACACCAUGAAAUAUUACGAAUACAAUGUGCUGCCUUUUAAUUUCGAAUUUAUUAUAGAUCUGAAUGCACAAUCAUCCGCGAAAGAUUUUAAACGGCAAAUAGAUAUGUGGAUGGAAGCAAUGCCAAAAGGUGAAGUAGCUAAUUGGGUGUUAGGAAAUCACGAUAAUCCGCGCGUUGCCUCUCGUUAUCCCGAUAGAGUGGACCAAAUGACCAUGUUGUCUAUGAUCUUACCGGGUAUGGCGGUGACAUACAACGGCGAUGAAAUCGGCAUGGUGGAUAAGAGAGACAUAUCCUGGCUAGACACGAAAGAUCCUCAAGCAUGUAUCGCGGGUCAGGCGAGAUACAGGAAUGUAUCCCGUGAUCCUGAACGCACUCCGUUCCAAUGGGACGCGACAAAGAAUGCAGGUUUUAGUACGGCAGACUCAACAUGGAUUCCGGUGAAUGAAAACUACAAGACGUUAAAUCUGGCAACUGAAAAGGCAGCUGAUGAAUCGCAUUACAAAAUUUAUAAAAUUUUAGCUCAAAUGCAUCGUAAUGAACCAGCUCUUACCGAAGGAAGUUAUAAAUCGAUCACGACAAAUAAUGACUCUGUUCUGGGUAUAAUCCGAAGCAAUAAUUGGCGUGUCGUAUUGCUUCUAAUUAACUUUACUGAUAAAUCACAAAUCGUGAAUUUAUCACAAGAAGGGCUUCCUACAAACUUAGUAGUCAAAGUCUCUAGUUUGGGUUCUAGAGUGAAAUCAGGGUCAAUAGUUGAGGUGAAGGCGAUAUCUCUACCUGCAAAAGCUGGAGUAGUAUAUACAACUAUAUAAAUACAUUAUUUCCAAACACAUUGAUCCUGUUUAAAAAAUAUUUUUAACACCGAUGUAUUUUUAACAUAAAUUUUUGCAUUUGUGAAUCCUGUAAUCUUUCUUUCAGUAAAAAGAAAUAAAUAAAACAAAUUUAAUUAA